CAUAUAGAAUCGCCUACUACUUCGAUCCGUUGGUUUCGGCGUAACACAUUUUUUCCAGUUUCUUAAUUAGCAUCGGUUUAACUGUACUUUUCUCGAAUUGUACCUAUAAUCCAGUACGGGUUUCGAUCAGUGAUACUCGAUCGAUUUUAAUGAACGGAUACGAAGGAUGACCUCCUCAGCGAUUUGUGCGUUACUGUGCGUUGUUUUGGUGUCUUCGGGAGCUAGAAAAAUUACGAAUAAGAAUGGAGUGAUUUCUCCUGACUUUCCGAAGCUCAAAACAUGGUCAUUUUCUGCGACUUCCGCCGUUCCAAUCACUAUAACAGAAGAUGAAACUGACAAUCAAACUCAUGAGGUGUUCGAAGAAGAUGCCUCUUUUGAAACUGAAACCUUCAAGCCGCUGGUUUUGAACCCCAACACUACCUUCGAACAAUACCAAGCACAGUCCAACAGGUUUUUUUGGGAAUGGAUGCUCAGCAUCUGGAAUGGUGGGAUAACUAACCCAGGGAACAAUAAUAACAAUAACAACAACAAUCAAACACCUCCAAAGGACUGUCCACCUUGUAAAUGUGGACUCACCAACACAAUGCAGAGAAUAGUUGGUGGAGUGAUAACGAACAUAAAUCAAUGGCCAUGGGUAGUUGAACUUCAAAACAAUAACCAAUUUUAUUGUGGUGGGUCUCUCAUCAACUCCAGAUAUGUAUUGACAGCAGCACAUUGCACAGUUGGAGUAUCGAAGGAACGUAUACGAGCAGUAUUCUUGGAACACGACAGAUCGAAUCCAUCGGAAACGAAAACGUUCACAAGAAAAAUCACUAACAUUUACAGACAUGUCAGAUAUAAUGCCAAUGCGAACUACAAUAACGACAUUUCCUUGUUGAGAUUAGCGGAGCAGGUUAUGUUCACGGACAAGUUGAAACCAGUUUGUUUACCAUAUUUGGAGCAGAGUUACGUUGGAUAUGUAGGUACAGUAACAGGAUGGGGAGCCACAGCAGAAUAUGGUUCAACAUCGCAACAACUGAGAGAGGUGAAAGUUCCAAUUAUUUCGAACGAUGAUUGCAGGAAAACCAAGUAUGGCAAUAAAAUAACUACGAAUAUGCUCUGUGCUGGAUUUGUCGGGAAAGGUGGUAAAGACGCUUGUCAGGGUGACAGUGGUGGACCUCUUCAUGUUGCUAACGGCACGAGACAUAUGAUUGUAGGAAUCGUUUCUUGGGGAGAAGGUUGUGCUGAACGAGACUACCCUGGAGUUUACACUCGGGUCAAUAGAUAUCUCAGUUGGAUACAAGCAAAUACAAAAGAUUCGUGUUAUUGUUGAGAUCAAAAUAUAA